UUUUUUUCUCUUGCUGAACCACAGCGGCAGAGAAUCAGACUGCUUCUUUUGGACACACUGGCUUUGCUUUCUGUCUUCUCUUGCUUGUGGAGACUAUGGCUAAUAACACGACAAGUUUAGGGAGUCCGUGGCCAGAAAACUUUUGGGAGGACCUUAUCAUCUCCUUCACUGUAUCCAUGGCCAUUGGGCUUGUCAUGGGAGGAUUAAUUUGGGCGCUGUUCGUUUGCCUGUCCCGAAGAAGAGCCAGCGCCCCCAUCUCACAGUGGAGUUCAAACAGGCGAUCGCGGUCCUCCUACAGCCACGGCCUCAACAGGACUGGCUUUUACCGCCACAGUGGCUGUGAACGCAGAAGCAAUCUCAGCCUGGCCAGCCUCACUUUCCAGAGACAAGCGUCUCUGGAGCUGGCCAAUUCCUUCCCGAGAAAGUCAAGCUUCAGAGCCUCCACCUUCCACCCAUUUCUGCAGUGUCCCCCACUUCCUGUGGAAACGGAGAGCCAGCUGAUGACCCUGCCUGCAGCCUCUGCCUCCACCUCCAGCCCCACAGCCCACAGCCCCAGCCGGCCUGACUUCCGCUGGUCCAGCCACAGUCUCAGACUUGGCCUGUCUGCUCCACCUCCACCCGCCUAUGAGUCCAUCAUCAAGGCCUUUCCAGACUCCUGAGGGGGUGGGUAGAUAGAUUUCUGUCAUGCUUUCUUUGUUAUUGAAAGGAAAUCAUCAAUAGACUGAAUAUGCCUGUGACAACUGGGCAUACAGUGUAAGACACAUUUCCUUUGAACACAGUUUUCUCUCCUCUCCCCACCAUGAGUAAUUCUCACACCAAAGCAUCAUUUUCUCAAACUGUUUUGUUAUGAGUGUUCCUUCCAUGUGACCCUUACUGAAGAUGUGAUCGUUAUCUAUGGAUCAGUUGUGAUAUGUGUGUCUUCGAUGAAAAUAGAAGCUUAGAUAUUAGUGGUUUACAAUCCUUGUUCCCAUUCCAAUAUGGUCAUAAAGAACAAAAGUCACUUUGACACUUUAAAAAAGUAUCUAAGGAAUGUCCAUUUCACUUUCUUUAGGAUUACAAGUGACUCAUAUUGGAAUUUUACAAUCUUGGAUUUUUUUU